AUGGGGCGGAGAGAGGAUGUCAGGCGAGGAAUUCGAGAGGCAGAUGGGGAAGAUGUGAGGGGGUAUUGGGAGGAGGACACGGGGGAAGAGGGGGAGAAGGUGGAGGAGGAGGAGGAGGAGGCGGCGGCGGAGGAGGAGGAGGAGGAGGAGGAGGAGGAGGAGGAGGAGGAGGAGGAGGAGGAGGAGGAGGAGGAGGAGGAGGAGGAGGAGGAGGAGGAGGAGGAGGAGGAGGGUGGGAGAGUGUCGGCUUGCAAGGGAAGGCGAAGAAGAGUGUUGAACGUCACCUGGAGGGGGGAACAAGAGGGGGAAGAAAAAGGGUGUGAAGAGAAACUGAGGGUAAGAAAAACUGAGGCAAAGCGCCAUCACUACGAGUGUUCAAAUUGA